AUGGACGAAAGCACUCCCCUCCUUCAAAACCAAACCCACCAUCUACCUCAACAUCGACUAUUGGUCAUUUUCCCAGCUUUGGCAUUGAUACAAUUCACCUCAUUCCUCGAUCAAACAGCAAUUGCAACAAGUCUACCGGCCAUCUCAUCAGCACUUAACACCGGAGCCUCGAUCUCUCUUGUCGGAGCCAGCUUCCUCAUCACUAGCACCAGUAUCCAACUCAUCAAUGGCCGAUUGUCCGAUAUUUUUGGGCGAAAGCUCUGUCUUGCGACCGCGUUGACAAUCAUGGGCAUUGGAAACCUGUUCUCAGGCUUCUGUCAGACGCCCGUGCAAUUGUUUGCUUCUCGUGCCUUUACCGGUCUUGGAGCUGGUGCUAUUAAUGCCCUGGUACAAAUCGCGAUCGCGGAUAUUACCACUCUUGAGCAGCGCGGCUAUUAUUUUGGUAUAAUUGGCAUGGCUGUUGCAUUUGGAAAUGGACUUGGGCCUGUGAUCGGUGGAAUAUUGACCGAGGCAGUGGGUUGGCAAUGGUCGUUUUGGUUUGUGUGUCCACUGUGUGCGGUCGCGGUUAUCUAUCUUCUUCUCGUCUGGCCUCCUUCGAAGAAUACCUCUUCUUCCGAGAAGACCUUUGAUAGGUUGAAAUUAGUUGACUGGCCCGGAGCAUGGCUUAGUCUGGCUGCGAUUAGUUUGUUCCUGAUUCCCGUUUCGCAGGGAGGAUCUGGCCUUGCCUGGGAUUCGCCCAUAUUGAUAGCUAUGCUGGUUGCUAGUGCGGUUCUAUUCAGCAUGUUCUUCGUCGUUGAGUUCCAUUGGGCAAAGCUACCUAUGUUGCCAAAGCAUCUGUUUGGAUACGGUCGCUCUACGAACAUUCUGAUCCUGAGCAAUAUUCUUAUCGGUUGGAUCUUCUGGGGUAAUCUCUUCAUUACGCCACUGUAUCUACAGAACAUUCGCUCUUAUAGCCCAGGUCAGGCUGGACUUUUCAUUCUGCCCAUGGUGGUUGCUCAUGGCUUGACAUCUGCUCUGACGGGAAUUAUCAUCUCAGCAUGUGGGCGUUAUAAGGUCGUCAUCGUCACCGGUGCGGUGUCAUGGGUUAUCGCUGCUGUAGUCAAACUGCACUAUAGUCUACACACUCCGAUGUGGUUGUUCAUGAUCGUUUGUGUCUUUGAUGGAGUAGGUGUUGGAUGCUCGUUGCAACCAGUUCUCAUUGGACUAUUCGCAGGCUCCGAUAGCAAAGACCGCGCUGUGUUGACUGGGUUGCGCAACUUCAUUCGUGACAUGGGAGGGGCUGUUGGCACGACAGUAUCGGGUGCUAUUAUUAGCAACAUACUAUCCAGCCAGCUAGCAACUAAACUCAGUCCUGGCCUCAUCGCACAACUAACCUCCUCUGUAUUCGCCUUGAAAGACCUGAACCUUUCAGAGGAGCAGGUACAAAUGAUAUCAAACAGCUAUAUGGAUGGUAUCCAUGGAGUGUUCCUUUCCUAUUCUGCAUUGAUAGCGGUGUAUCUCUGUGCUUGUUUGUUUAUUGAAGACUAUGGACUCAAAGCGAACAAGAGGGAAAGCGGGGAGCAGAAUGGUGACAGCAACAAUUAA